AUGGCUGCAGCCCAGAGGAUCGAUGCUUUGCUGGCCGAGCUCAUUUCAGUUGUUUCCAAUAUUCAAGAUAGAAAUUCCACUCGUUUCAAGGGCUUAAAGCUCCAGUCUCAGACAAUUCUGAAGGAAAGUUCUGCUGGUAGAGUGAAUAAAUUCGACGUUGCAAAGAGGCUUGAUGGCUUGCAGGAAAAGUUUCAAGUUGUAGGGAAUGACGCUUUGGCCGAUGCUCUCUGCCCGCGACUAGUAGAGCUGGAUGCAAAGAGAUGCUACUGGGCGCCAGACGCUCUUUUUUUACUGCUCGAACUUUCAGAUAAGCCAGCUACAAAGUCAAAAGCAGAGCGGGUGCUCCUAUUAGACACGGUUUCCCCGCCGCCUCUCUUGACCUGGGCCGAUAUUGACCCCUUGGAUACCGAUGGAGACAACAUAUGGAAGGACAUUGACUACGGUGUUGAUUCAUCUGAUGACAAUUUAUCACUAGCAUCAAGCGACAUAUCUAUUCCACGUAUUGUACCUCAAUCCUCUAAAGUCCCACGUGACGAAUUUAUUCCCCAAGAAGACAUUUUUUUGUCUGUGGAAGACGGACAUUUAGUGUCAUCUAUAGAGAAUGCCCAAGCUUGGAGAUUCAAGUCGACUAACACGCGACCCAUAAAAGAUUCUAUGAUCCUCUUGACAGAAUUGCAAAUUAUUCGAGAGCUAAUAUUCAUGUUACAAGGCUUACCAAAUUCCCUGUUCAAGACAGCAGGCGACGACAUCACGGUGGAUUCCAGUUUCUGCCUAUCUCAUACAUCAAAUGACGCUUUGUUCUCGAUGCUGAGAUCGUUUAGUUGUAUCGGCGUCUGCAUUUGGAGAUUAAGGCGUUUCAUUGCGCUCCCCGAACGUAUACCUUUUAUACAAACAUUCCAAAGAGAGUUGGAGAGUUUGGUUUUUGCGUUCGAUGCCUUCUUAUCGGAUAUCCAGGCUCAAUACUCGGCUGGGAUGCAGUCAAUAUGUGUCAGUCUCGUCGAGCUAUUACACAAUAUUCGAAAAGAAACGAAGCUUCAUGUCGACCUAGCUAACCUUAUUGUACAAUUGGAAAAGGCCACAGAACAGAAUGCGUUCCUGUGUAUAGACCUGCUUUAUGAUUUGGUAUGCACAAAACAAGCUAUAGCUGAAGAUGAUGGAUAUAAAAUUAUUUCCAAGGUGUUUUUCAAAUGUUUCAGAAGCUACAUAGCGCCUAUUCAACAUUGGAUGAAGACAGGAUCUCUGGAUGAAUCUCCAGGGCUUUGCUUCAUAAAAAGUUCGCACAAUUUUCAAAACCUAAAAUCUCUUUGGCAUGAAUGGUUCACCCUGGAAGAGGAGGCAGACCAGCUGGCUGGCCCGAAAUUUCUUCGCUCAGUGGCGGGGAAAAUAUUGACUGCUGGAAAAAGCAUGAUAUUCCUCCGUCACCUGGGUAUUUCUCCGGAAAAACUCAAUACGAUCGAAGACUCUUCGAUAGAUUACGAAGCUAUUUUCCAAAUGGCUGAUACAUCACCUCUAAUACCAUUCUCGGGUCUGGUCGAUCAGGCGCUUGAGCAAAUGGUCAAUGCCAAUCAUGCCAUUGCUUCGUAUGCUUUGCGAACGGAGCUCGACACUAAAUGCGGGCUAUGGCUUUCUAUGCAAGCUUUGGAUUAUACAUACUUGGGCAAAGAUCUUGCUCUCCUGACUACAAUUGACCACAGAGUGUUUGAUCUGAUUGACAAGGGAAGUCAAUCAUGGAACGAUAGAUUCUUAUUAACUGAGCAUUUCCAGCAAACCUUUGGAAAUGUGCCUUGCGUGGAUGUUAGCCGAGUUAUCGCUCGAUGUAUAAAGGUGUCUCGUGAUGAAUUUGAGAAACAUUGUCGCUCGGUUAAAAUACUGAAGGCGUUAUCUUUAGAAUACGUCCUCCCGUGGCCUGUUGCUAACAUUAUUUCGAAGAAAUCGAUUUCAACUUAUCAACGCGUUUCAAUGCUCCUCAUGCAAAUCCGCCGGGCAAAAUACGCCCUAGAAAAACGGUCUUCUAGUACAAGAUAUUUCAAACUUCAAGCAUAUUCAAAAGACCAUAUCCUUUCGUUUUCCAUUAGAUACCAUUUCCUUUGGUUUAUUAAUAUACUUUACUACCAUUUCACCGAGCUUGUUAUCUCUUCAUCAAGUCGAGAAAUGCGAAAGUCGAUGGCUCUGGCUGAAGACGUAGAUGGAAUGAUAUCUGCUCACCAAAACUUCAUGGAAGCGUUGGAAGAACAAUGUCUAUUAUCGAAAUCAUUAACACCUAUCUAUCAAGCUGUUAUAUCAGUGCUUGAUCUGUGCAUGCAAUUUUCCGACAUGCAAGCAGCACGAUAUCUCGAAUCCCAACACGCACAUGCCAACCAAUCGGCUACCUUUCUUCACUUACCUAGUCCUCGUUAUCGCCGUCGACGCCGAUUUGAGUCACAGGAAGACGACGAAGAUUCAACUGAAGAUGACAAUGACGAUGAUGAAGACAGCGAAAUACACCACCUGAAUGAAGGUGUAAUUGACGAUGGGGAUAACACAUUUGUGUCUUUCAUGGAGCUACCGUAUAAAGAACGUUUACUCAACAUGAAGACAAAAUUCCAAAAAUAUUCCAGAUUUAUUGAAGCUGGGUUAAGAGGAAUUGGAAGGACAAAUAGCCAAAGUAGUUGGGAAAUGUUGGCCGAUCGGCUUCAAUGGAGAGGAGACUACUGGGUAUAA